GAGCGGCUGGAGACAAGUCAGCGCAGCCUCAGGCGACAAACGCCCUCUCGACCUCCUUCGCUCACAUUCUCUCCGUCUUACUCCCUUUCCCCAUCUCAUCCCACAAUCUCUCCCACGACUAUCCUGCUCUUCUCACACGACUUAUUUUUCUGACGGGCAAUUUUUGUCGUUUUCUGUUAUAGGCCUGGUUAAUUCAAUCUCACUUUUACUCGACCCAGGAUGGCGUCCGUUCACUAGACUCCAUCGAUUACUCUAGUUGAACCCCAAACGAUUACCAUAUAUGACACGCUGCGACGGCCGACCUCGACACGAUCACCAUCAUAGCCAUCUAUUUUUCCACACUCGAGGCGACUGAUUUUGAAGUCUUCCCACGAUGAAGUGGCGGCCUGGCGCCCUCCCGACCCUCCCUGCCAGCGUCGCCCUCCUGCUCCUCCCUCUCUUCGCAGCUCCGCAGCAGCUGUCAGCUAUUAAUGAGGGACCCUCGAGCAUUUCGGUCCCUGUAGGGCCGACCGGCCACGCCGUUGAUUCUCCUCAUGCUCAAUUUCGACACACUCAUCCCAUUCUCGAUGUAAAAGUGGCAUCCGACGAUGCGAGCGCCCUGGCAACCCUGGCUCUGGCGGGCUCCGGCCGCGCCGUUCGAGCCCCUCCUGCCCAGACCAGCCCAUCCGCUGGUUUGGCUCCGCAGCUUCACGCGCGGUCCUUGCAGGAUUGGGAGGUAGAGGACUUUGUCCUUCUGGCGACCGUUGACGGCACCAUCCACGCGCGAGACCGCAAGACAGGGGCGCCCCGAUGGGCUCUCGAGGUGCCCAGCAGUCCCAUGGUCGAGAGUAUCUACCACCGUGCCAACCGCACCCAGUUCGAUGAUUCACAACCAGAAGACGACUUCCUCUGGAUUGUCGAGCCCAGCCGGGAUGGCAGCCUGUACAUCUAUAGUCCCGGCCCCAAUGCGGGGCUCCAGAAGUUGGGAUUGACGGUCAGAGAAUUGGUUGACGAGACUCCUUACUCGGGAACAGAUCCGGCCGUUACGUAUACGGCCAGAAAGGAGACUACCCUGUAUACAGUGGAUGCCCGUACUGGCACGAUAUUGCGUGUUUUCAGUUCCCGCGGGCCGAUUACACCGGAGGAGAGUUGUCGGAAAGUGGAUGGUUUAGAGACGGACGAGGAGGAUUGUGAAUCGACCGGUACCCUGACGCUGGGUCGGAUCGAAUAUGCGGUUGCAAUCCAGAACACGGAAACUGGUACACCCAUUUGCACGCUGAGAUACUCCGAGUGGGUCGCAAACAACAGGGACAUCGACCUGCAAAGUCAGUAUUAUCAAACUAUGGAUCAAAGUCACAUCUAUAGUAUGCACGAUGGUGUCGUGCUAGGCUUUGAUCACUCGCGCAUGGAGCGUCCCCGGUACACCCAGCGGUUCUCUUCUCCCGUUGUCCGUGUCUUCGAUAUCGCGCGCCCUGUCAGUGUGGAGAACCCAGACGCACGAACUCCACUCGUCUUGCUAUCACAGCCACUGCAACCCCCAGAUCCCGAUUACGGCUCGACCGGUUUGGAAGAGAGGGAUUCGCGUGUAUUCAUCGAUUGCACGGAAGGCGGCGGUUGGUACGCCAUGUCCGAAACUACGUACCCACUAGUUACAGGACGCGCCAAGAUGGCCCAAUGCUACGAGAAGGACUAUUUCCGUGACGGGCAGCCACUUUCGAGUCUUAAUCUGGCUCAGCAGAAGGCUGCGCUUGCCGGUGUUCAUUUGCUGAAUGAACCUCGUGGUGUUCGCCGCACCAUCCCCAGUAUCUCUGGCCCCUCUGCCUCGGAAUUGUCGAAUGACACUCCCCGCGAAUUGAUGCGAUCCCCGUCAGAUCCCAUGUACUCCCCCGGUUUGAGAAGGAGUGUGAUCAUUCGGAAGGGCUGGGAUAAUGCCAUUGACAUCUUCGUGACCUUGCUUUUCCUUUUCAUCGGCGCGUUCGUCUAUUUCAACUCUCACAAUCUGCAGGAGCUGGCAAAACAGAAACUUGACCUCAAGAACAUUAUUUCAUCCUAUGGACAACCUCUAUCGACCCCCCCUACACCCGUUGUCGGUACCUCGUUCAGCAGAGAUGCCAGCCCCGGGGCAUCCGCGCAGAAUAUGACGAUCGACGUCGACUUUGCCCAUGAACAGAAUGACGGCAAUGCCACUCCUAGGCGCAAAAGGGAUACCAGUGUCCCAGCGCCUGACGCGACACCCAAGGUUCGGAUUCGUGAGCCGUCUCGUGGCCCGGAUGGAGAUGACGAUGUGGACGACAUACAGCUACAAGAGCCCGAAAAGAAGAGGAAAGCUCGACGAGGCCGCCGCGGCGGCCAGGCUCAUAAACGCAAAGCGAAGCCAGGAACAGAAGCCACAAAGAGCCAAGCGGACCAGGUUGUGGAGACUGUCAAGAAUCUCCAACCGCAGCCAAGACUGGAACCCGACAUUCAGUUGUCAAGGACUGUAUCCAACGAAAUAGUCGAGAUGGACGGUGCAAUUCGCAUUGGCCAGCUGAAAGUUUACACUGACAAGGUACUGGGGCAUGGUAGCCACGGUACUGUUGUCUACAAAGGUUCUUUCGACGGUAGAGAUGUGGCUGUCAAGCGGAUGCUGGUCGAGUUCUACGACAUCGCUUCCCAUGAAGUGGGUCUUCUGCAGGAGAGUGACGAUCAUGGCAACGUGAUCCGAUACUUCUGCCGUGAGCAAGCAGCGGGAUUCCUAUACAUCGCAUUAGAACUAUGCCCUGCGUCCCUGCAGGAGCUCGUUGAAAGGCCUUCUGAUUAUCCGCAGCUGGUUAACGGCGGCCUGGAUGUCCCGGACAUCCUGCGUCAGAUCACGGCUGGCGUGCGAUACCUUCACUCAUUGAAAAUAGUCCAUCGGGAUCUCAAACCGCAGAACAUCCUUGUAGCUGCUCCUCGUGGUCGGAUGGGGUCUCACUCUUUGCGACUCCUCAUCUCGGAUUUUGGGCUCUGCAAGAAAUUGGAAGACAACCAGAGCUCGUUCAGGGCAACAACGGCGCACGCAGCUGGCACUUCUGGUUGGCGGGCGCCCGAGCUGCUGGUGGACGAUGAUCAAAACAGUAACGCCCCUAACUUUGCGGCGGCAGAGUCCCAAAAUACAGAGUCCUCGGAGCCCGCAGUUGUCGAUCCUCAGACGAAUCGACGAGCCACGCGGGCCAUUGAUAUUUUCUCUCUUGGUUGUGUCUUUUACUAUGUCCUGACGCGUGGGGGGCACCCCUUCGAUAAGGAUGGCAAGUUCAUGCGUGAAGCCAAUAUUGUCAAGGGUAAUCACAACCUGGACGAUCUUCAGCGCCUGGGGGAGUAUGCGUUUGAAGCGGACGAUCUCAUCGGGUCGAUGCUUUCACUUGACCCUCGUCGUCGACCCGAUGCAACUGCCGUUAUGAUGCAUCCAUUCUUCUGGUCCGCUGCAGAACGCCUCAACUUUCUCUGCGAUGUCUCGGAUCACUUCGAAUUUGAGCCUCGAGACCCGCCGUCCCCCGCUCUGCAGUGUCUUGAGUCCGUUGCGCUGAAUGUUAUGGGUCCCGAGAUGGACUUCCUGAAAGCUCUUCCUAAGGAGUUCAAAGACAGUCUUGGAAAACAACGCAAGUACACCGGCUCUAAGAUGCUGGACUUGCUGCGGGCUCUCCGCAAUAAGAAGCACCAUUACAAUGAUAUGUCAGAGCACCUCAAGGCCCACAUCGGCGGCCUUCCGGUGGGCUAUCUCCAAUUCUGGACGGUCCGGUUUCCAAGUCUUCUCAUGAGCUGCCACUGGGUGGUGGCCGAGCUGGGGCUUACGAAGAAGGAGCGAUUCACUCGAUACUUCGCUCCUCCGGACUGAAUCGCGUGUGGAUAGUGUGCCCGAUUAGUGAUUUCAGUACUAUGUGUUACGGAAAUGUGAUGAUUAUAGCAUCUGCCAUGUAGUUUUGCGACAGUUACAAUGUGCUGUCAGGCACAGCGCGGAUAUACCACCACUAAGCCCUUUCUGUUAUAAAACACACCAGAGAUCUUAAUUUGCAGUUAUAAGCCUUCUCUAUUAUAAUUAUUA